UGCCGGGAGGAAGAUCAGAGCUCGCGGGGAACGUAACCACCAGGGGGCUCUGGAGUCUUUAACCCCAUCACUGCCGCACACGGAGCUGCGGGGGUUACACGGCCGUUUGGAUCAGAUCAGCCCUUUCCUGCAGGCUUAGUUACCUCACACCCGCAAGUUCAAACCGCCCAAUCAGCUGCCGCAUACUGCCUGAUGGACAGAUGAACUGGCCAAUCCUGAGAGAGACCAGCACUGUACUGCGGCCCCAGAUGACAGCACUGUGAGCCCGUGUGUCACUGUCACCGGGAGCUGCUCGUUAUUGUCAUUACUGUCACCGGGAACUGCUAGUUAUUGCCCUGUGACUGCUCACGGGUGGGCUCCCCAGCUGUCACAUUGGGAUUUUUCGCAACUAGAAGCUAACAGAAGAUUAUCUGCCUCGUUAGGAAGAACAUGUCACGGCGGAGCAAACGCCUAGGGGCCCCAGAGCUCGAGGACGACCGUAUCAGCACCAGUAGUGUGGAGAGUCAUGUACUAUACAGAGAUAGAGAGAGCCCGGGGAGGACUUUGAGGAAGAAAGUGACCACCAUAAAACGAGUCCCCUCCAUCCCCCAGGAGAGCCGGGAGUAUUACAGCGAGACCUCCACCUACGUAAGCAGAGACAGAUUGGGAGGCUCCUAUGGUCUGCGGGACGAUGACUAUGGUGGACCUUACUUAGGAGAUGACUUAGUGCGUAAGAGGAUGGGAUCAGAGACCACCUAUAGUUCUACGUACAGCAGCAGCAAGAACAGCCUCUUGGAACCUCAGCCCACAUAUGACCAGUCCACAUCAUCCUCCGGAUACUCAUCUGAAGAGGAUUACACAGGUCAGUCUCACUUGGAUGAGGGAGCUCUGCCUGUCUCUUGGUGGAAGCGCUGGGCUCGUCGUGUUGGGCGGCUGCCAUGGCUUGUCAUUUCAUUUCCAGGCCAUGCAUUUGGCGUCCUGUACUGGUGGUUUGGCACAACGUGGUAUCGUGUCACCACCUCGGCUUCUCUUCUUGAUGUCUUCAUAUUAACCAGGCAUUACAAUGUUCUGAAGAAGAUCCUGCUGGUUCUGUCGGCUCUGCUUCUGUUGGCUCUGGUGGGAGCAGGACUGUGGCAUUUCUAUCCAUUUGGAUUCCCGGCUCUGCUCUCUGCACCUAUUGCUGCAUUCUCCAGGGAACACAAACCAGUGAGUGAUGACCCCCUGAGGAAGGAAAACCUGGAUCCCCGAAUCCCCCCUCUCUCCUCCCAGAGCGAUUGGGUCUCUCGUAUGGAGUCUCUGGAGAGGAGGCUGCACGGUUUAGAGAAUGGUCUCUCUCAGCUAAAUCUGCAGGAUAAGGCAAGAAAGGUGGAUAAGGAGGUACCUGUCAUGGCUGGGCUGAGCCGUGAUGAAGUAGAACAAGUCUUCUCUGACCUGUCCAGAAACCGAGAGGCAGAUCUAAAAGAGGGACUCCUGCAAGAAGGCAUCACAAGGUCUAAGGCUGAAGUGAAAACCCUGCGUGAGGAGCAGCAGGAAAAACUACAAGAAAUUCUUCAGAAGAUGCAUCAGAUGUCUGAGAUUGUGGAGGGACAGAUCCAGCAGCUGAGAACAGAGAUUAGAAGCCCUCCCAGGGACACCCUCAGAGAGAACCUUCUGCAGGAAGUGGGGGAGCUGGGGAAGCAGCUUAUGGGCCUUCAAGGGGAGUUAAAUUCCGUGAGGAAGACUCAAGUUGAAAUGUCACACAAAGUGGACGCUGUGCCAGGGAAGAUAGACGGAGUGAAGGAUGAGGUCCACUCCCUGUUCCCAGUAUGGCUCCUGGGGCAGACUGAGCAAUCAAGUGAUGGUGCUGGCUCCCUCUCUGAUCUCUUCAUGCGCCGGGAUGAAUUACAGAAACAUCUGUUGGAGCUGGAGAGGAAGAUUUUGUCUGGAAUAUCUGCAGAGAGGAAGCAAUGGGCGAGCCAAGCCCACAGCACGAUAGACCGGGAGCUACAAGCUGGAGGAUUACCCGGGGUGUCUAGAUCGGAAGUCCAUGAAAUUGUGAAUCGUGCUCUGCAGAGAUACAGCGAGGACAGGAUUGGGCUUGUGGAUUAUGCUCUGGAGUCAUCAGGUGCCAGCGUUAUCAACACAAGAUGCUCUGAGACCUUUGAAACAAAGACGGCUCUUCUUAGCUUGUUUGGGAUCCCUCUUUGGUAUCAAUCCCAGUCGCCCCGUGUUAUCCUCCAGCCGGACACAAACCCAGGGAACUGCUGGGCUUUCCGUGGAUCCCAGGGUUAUGCUGUCAUCCGUCUGUCCAGCCGCAUCCAGCCCACAGCAGUAACUCUGGACCACAUCCCUCGAUCCUUGUCCCCAAAAGACACCAUAUCCAGUGCCCCCCGGAACUUUUCUGUUUACGGUCUGGAAGAAGAGUCACAGAAAGAUGGAACCCUUCUGGGACAUUUCACGUACAACCAGCAUGGAGAACCAAUUCAGACAUUUCCCAUUCAGGGAGAAGAUAAAGGUUUCUACCAGCUGGUGGAAUUGAGAAUCGAAAGCAAUUGGGGUCAUCCAGAAUACACCUGUAUCUACCGAUUCCGUGUGCACGGGGAGACAGAAAUGUAGCAGCGGUAAUGUUUAACAGAGUGACAUAAAAAAAAGUACUGAGGAUUAUCGUCCAAGAGCACAGCGUUACAUAACCAAGUGCUGUCUGUGCCAGCUUGCUGUACAGCAUCACCAUGCAAGAAAAAACCCACUCUCUGAGCUUCCCAUCAUCAAAUGAACAGCCUGAAGAAGAGACAAGUCCUCAUGACUUCUACAUAUAGAUAUCUAAUAAACACAGAUGUGCACAUACCAGAGGCAAGUCCUCAUGACUUCUUCAUAUAGAUAUCUAAUACACACAGACGUGCACAUACCAGAGGCAAGUCCUCAUGACUUCUACAUAUAGAUAUCUAAUACACACAGACGUGCACAUACCAGAGGCAAGGGAGACAAGUCCUCAUGACGUCUUCAUAUAGAUAUCUAAUACACACAGACGUGCACGUACCAGAGGCAAGUCCUCAUGACUUCUUCAUAUAGAUAUCUAAUACACACAGACGUGCACGUACCAGAGACAAGUCCUCAUGACAUCUUCAUAUAGAUAUCUAAUACACACAGACGUGAACGUACCAGAGGCAAGUCCUCAUGACUUCUUCAUAUAGAUAUCUAAUACACACAGACGUGCACGUACCAGAGGCAAGUCCUCAUGACUUCUUCAUAUAGAUAUCUAAUACACACAGACGUGCACGUACCAGAGGCAAGUCCUCAUGACUUCUUCAUAUAGAUAUCUAAUACACACAGAGUUGCGCCUCUGGUAUAAGGACAAUCCCUGAAGCCCAUUGAGGGGAACUGCAGCCGAUAUUUGUAUGCAGCGCUUACAAUAUAUAUAAUAGUGGGGGAGGUGUAUCUGUGGCAGGCAGACAGAUACAGUCUUAGGGCUUUAUAGACUCAUAGAUAUAUGUACCUUAUUCUGGAGCUAUAGAGAUGGUAUGUAUUGUAUUACAUAAUCACAUAAAGGGUAUACACUCUUUUAUAAGUACGUGAGGAAUAGACAAUAUGUUCCUUUUUAACAAUAUAACACAACAACAAUAAUACUUUUUAUAAAAAUUGUAUCGGACUAAUUUAAAAUGAGUUGGGUACCGUGCAGUGUAACACAAAGGUUAUUUUGUAUUCCAAUUCUAGGAAGUCAUGAUAUUCUGUUUUUAUUAGGGAUGUGCAUAUUUUUGUUGUUCGUUGGUGUAUUUGUACAGAUAUUCGUGUGUAACACUUUUUAAUCUUAAUAAAUCCAGCAAUAAAGUGAGUUAAAUGCUGUAGGCCACAGCCAUUUUUGGCAUGUGUUUCAAUAAAAUACGCACAUCCCUAGUUUUUAUUGUCGGCUACAUGAAUGAUAGAAUGUACAAAUUUGAAAAAGCAGAUUAUUUAACUGUAUAUAUGGAUUUUCUGACAAUUUGCACUUGACUACAGCAUUGAUGCACUGUUUUCUUUAUGUGAUCUGAUUCAUUGUCUACUUGGCAGUAUUAAUUAUUAAAGUAUUUAGCUCAAUGGUAGGAAAAUGUCUGCUCCAACAUGUCUUGUUAUGUCUUGUGGAGCAUUAUUAAUAAAUAAUUUAUAAACAGCACAA